AAACAAUAGGGUAACAGGAGUAAUUUUGUAAACGAAAAUAAAAAGAACGAAGGAAAGCAAAGGCUUUUGUAGCGUUCCUCUGCCAUCGUCAACGCAGCGGGAGUGAUGAGUUCCGCCGAUACAUUCAACGUGGGUUCUGUACAAUCAGUCAAAGAACCUGUUCCUGGGGCAAGCGUGGAACCGAAACCGGAAGUUACCGAAGUAAAAGCUCAAGUUGAUGCUAUGUGGGAACAAAUGAAUAAAGGAGUAUCGAAUAAAGUUAUUAGCGGUUUUAUGAGCAAGCCUAAAUCUACCUCAAAAAGCAAUCCAAAGAAGAGAUCUUCUAACUGGAUGUCUUAUUUGGGGUUGGCACCAAGGGCUACUGAAUCUGUUGUGCAAGGUGCUUCGCAGAGUGAACCUGGUGUGAUGCAAAACAGUGCAAGUGAUGAAGCCAAGAAGGUUGCUGCUGCUGCUCUUGCUGCGGUAAAAGUUGAUGCUGCCGCUUCUGCGUCAAGCAGGGGGAAACUUGUGAUUACUGAGGUUCGAGACUUUGCUGGUCAAGAAGUUGAAUAUAAAAAGCUCGUAGAUUCAGAUUCAAAGGAGGCAAUUGAAAGAGCCAAAGCCCCUGCACCUUCUGCUGUGGAUGCCGUCCUUGAACAGAUCAAGAAGAAAUCAAAGCUCAGUGUACUUGAUAAGACCAAGAAAGACUGGGGAGAAUUUAAGGAAGAAAAUAAGGGACUGGAAAAUGAGCUUGAUGUUUACAAGAAGAGUUCAAACCAGUAUUUGGACAAGGUAUCCUUCUUGCAGCGAACAGAUUACCGUGAAUAUGAGCGCGAGAGAGAUGCACGACUGGCUUUGCAAUCCAGGAAGCGACCAGAUAUGCAAGAUGAUUGAUUCUGUAUAACCGAAGGAAGUUCAAGUGUGGAAUUGCUACCUUUGGCGAAUUAUUUAUGAUUUUGUCAUGAGUUGGUUUAUCUAGGUGUUCCUGGGAAUUUCUUGGUCUCCAGAAGAAAAAAAAGAUAUUUGAUCAUUAGUGAAUGAUGAUGCAUUUUGAGGUUCAAGGUUUAAAAUGCUUUCAAUUCAAAUGAUGUGGAUAAGGAAAACAGGGGACUAAAAUACACAACUGUAAGUUUUAGACUGACAUUAGCACAUUAAAUUCCUUGAAGAGAGCCUCAAAGAACAUGUCAUUCCCAACUCACUGAAGUUACUAGUUUCCAAGAAGCAUUGUAUUUGUCAA